AUGUGGCUGGGGGCUUUGGAUGAAGAACAGCCGGAGCGACACACGAAAAACCAAAUCGUAGACCUGGUGAUCCUGGAGCAGUUCCUGACCAUUCUGCCAGCGGAGAUGGCGAACUGGGUAAAGACUGAGUUUCAGGUAAAGACAGAGUUUGCAGAAGUGGGACCUGAUUUCCCUGCAGCAGAGAAGGCUCCACCAGACACUGGGCAGAACCCCCUGCAAGCAGAGAUCAAGCAGGAGGUUGACCAACAUUUCUGCUUGCAGGGGGCUGAAAUGACGCUGGCCACGGGUACGCAGCCAUCUCGUGUUCUUUGUGAUGGAAUGGAACCGGAUCAGGCUCUGGUGACCUUUGAGGAGGUUGCUGUGUGGUUCACUGAGGAGGAGUGGGCGCUGCUGGAUCCUGACCAGAGAGCCCUGCACAUGGAAGUCAUGGAGGAGAACUGUGGGAUCGUGGCCUCUCUCGAGGGUGACAGGAGUAAAGUGGAGAAUAAGAGAGAACCAUGUGGGAUGUCACCACAAAUAGAAAGAUAUAUAAAUAGCAAAGAGCAGGAAAGGACAACUGAAGUCGAUUGCAACAUGAGGAAGAGUUCCUUUGCUUCCCAGGGCCUUGGUUAUCAAGAUAUCACAAUUCAAGAAAUAAUACAUAAAAGACUGGAAAAGAAUAGGUUCUAUAUGAGUAGAAAAGCUUUCAAUUCUGUAUCAAAUGUUAAAGCUCAUUGCAAAAUUCAAACAGUGAAGAACACAUAUAAAUGCCUGAAAUGUGGGGAGACCUUCAGCCAUAAGGCAAAUCUCACUCAUCAUCAAAGAACUAACACUGGGGAGAUAAAGUGUGAAAAAGGCUUCAGACAGAAAAGUCUUCUCACUUCUCAUCAAAGAACUCACACAGGUGAGAAACCAUAUCGUUGUUUAGAGUGUGGAAAGAGCUUCAGGAAGAUGGGACAUCUCACUCUGCAUCAAAGAACUCACACAGGUGAGAAACCAUAUCUUUGUUUGGAGUGUGGAAAGAGCUACAGUCAGAAGAUCAGUCUCAUUCUGCAUCAAAGAACUCAUACAGGAGAGAGACCAUAUCAUUGUUUGGAGUGUGGAAAGAGCUUUAGUGAGAAGAGAACUCUUACUUGUCAUCAAAGAACUCAUACAGGGGAGAAACCAUACCAUUGUUUGGAGUGUGGAAAAAACUUCAGUCAGAAAGUCACUCUGACUCGACAUCAAAGAAUUCACACAGGGGAGAAACCAUAUCAUUGUUUGGAGUGUGAAAAGAGCUUCAGUAUCUAUCAACAUCUAACUUCUCAUCAAAGAACUCACACUGGGGAGAAACCAUAUCAGUGUUUGGAGUGUGGAAGCAGCUUCAGUCAGAAGGGAACCCUCAUUUCUCAUCAAAGAACUCACACUGGGGAGAAACCAUAUCAUUGUUUGGAGUGUGGAAAGAGCUUCAGUGAGAAGAAAACUCUUACUUGUCAUCAAAGAACUCAUACGGGAGAGAAACCAUAUCAUUGUUUGGAGUGUGGAAAGAGCUUCUCUCUGAAGAGAAAUCUCACAUCACAUGAAAGCAUUCACUCAGGGGAGAAACCAUACCAUUGUUUGGAGUGUGGAAAGAGCUUCAGACAGAAGAAACAUCUCACUUGUCAUCAAAGAACUCACACAGGGGAGAAACCGUAUCAUUGUUUGGAGUGUGGAAAGAGCUUCAGUGACAAGAGAAGUCUUACUUGCCAUCAAAGAACUCAUACAGGGGAGAAACCGUAUCAUUGUUUGUUGUGUGGAAAGAGCUUCUCUCUGAAGAGAAAUCUCUCUUCACAUGAAAGCAUUCACUCAGGGGAGAAACCAUAUCCUUGUUUGGAGUGUGGAAAGAGCUUCAGACAGAAGAAAAAUGUUACUUCUCAUCAAAGAACUCACAUAGGGGAGAAAUGGUAAAUCUCCAGUUCUUGAAAAGGCA